AUGUCAUCUUCUACAUCUUCUUCUACUUCAUCCUCUUCCUCUUCAUCUACGGUCGAGUCAUCAGUUGGAAGAAUUAAAAAGAGAUAUUUACAUGACUAUGGUAAAUACUCUAGUGUUCAUACUAGUCCAUUCAAACUAUGGGCUGAAAAGUGGUGGCGUCGUACUAUUGCCAUCACAAUGAUAUCGAUCAUCUUUAUCAUCCUUACUGCACUCUUUCCAGUGUUGGCUGUUGCAGCGUUGAUUGCUGAUAUGGCAUUAUACCACCGUCGCAAGGGACUCAACUAUGUACGUGUACUCUCGUUUUUCGAGACCUACCUUUUCAUUCAAUUCAUUGCCAUGUCAUCGUGCUUUGUUAUCUAUAUCAUCUACUUGUUGUCGUUGAUUGUCAGUGGCGACAAGGACAAGAAGCGUUGGAACCGUUGGAACUACUGGUACCAACGUUGGUGGGGUGGUACCAUGCUCUUUGGAUGGAGUACCCGUAUACUCGGUCUCAAACCACACAUUGAAGUGUGCGGAUCGAGAAAGACCGACCCAUCCUUUUCCGACUAUGUCUCUAACGAAUCAACAAGAGAUAGAAUCGCUCAAACUUUGGGUGUCAAUCCAAAGAUUAUGUUCCUUCGUCAUGCAAGUUUUGCUGAUACCCUUGUUCCUCAAGGAUUAUUAUCAAAUUGUGGAUUUGCAAUGAGAUAUAUUGUAAAACAAGAAUUAUUGUGGGAUCCAGGAUUGGAUAUUUCAGGAUCACGUACACCAAACUUUUUCUUGUUUAGAGAUGCAGGUGCCGAAGGAAUGGAUGUAGAGAUGGAAGCUAUUCGUAAUUUGGUACGUGACUUUAAAAAGGGAGGAAAUGAGGUGACAUGCAUCUGGCCAGAGGGUACUAGAUUCACAAAGUCAAAGCGAGAAAAGGUACUGGAGAGUCUCAAGAAAAAGGGAGACUCCAAGUAUGAACUCGCCUCCAAACUCAAGCACACACUUCUCCCCAGACUUGGUGGUGCAUUGGCUCUUCUCGAGUCUAAUCCAUGUGGUGAUGUCGUCUUUUGUUCACAUAUUGGACUUGAAGCAUCGUCCAACUUUGCUCAAAUGAUGGAGGGCAAGCUUUGCAAUCGUGACGUAAAGAUCAAACUCCUCCAAUACAAAUAUGAAGAUGUCCCCAAGACAAAGGAAGCAAGAAUCAAUUGGAUGCUAGAAAAUUGGGCUCAAAUCGAUCAAUGGGUUGAGGAUCAAUUGGUUGCUGAAAAGUCUUCUUCAAAAAAGAAAUAUGGAAAGGCUGACUAA